CUCAAUCAAUUAUCUCCUCGCAACUAACCUCAAAGUCAUUCUUCCGCACCAUCGCAUACAACCUCGCCGCCGCUGUGAGCCUCCGGUCCGCCGCGCUUCACCGUUGCUCUUAGUCUUUUUUCCGGUCGCCGCCUCCCCUCUUCGAAGGCCGGUUGAGGUCACCCGACAAGUUAAACACUUCGAAGAGAACCAUUCCGUUCGAUUUCUCGCUUAAUUAGUCGGGCAGAGAAGCUUGAAGGUGAUCUAUCAAGGUCGCCGCCGUCGACUGGAAUUUCAUAAUUUCCUCCGCACAUGGGAUUUUAAAAUUUAUAUACACUAACUAUGAACAUGGAAGUUACAUUGCGCAAAACAAGCUCAUCUUCAGCUAAUGAGGUAUAUAGACAAAGAAAAAAUCUACAAAGACAAAAGAAACGUAAACGAAAUGCAAGUGAUUUGAAUUGUUCAUUGCUACAUGAAUUGAAAAAUGUGCCUGAUUGCAUUCAUUGUGGUGCAAGAAGAUUUGAAUAUGAACCUCCUACUUUUUGUUGUGAUAAUGGAAAAGUUAAACUUGCAUUUUCUGAAGUUCCUCCGGAGUUGGAUGAAUUGUUUACGGCCCAGUCAGAAGAAGCUAUUAAUUUCAGAAGGAAUAUUCGUGCUUAUAAUAGUAUAUUCUCAUUUACUUCGUUUGGUGUAAAAUUGGACAAAGAAUUGGCAUCUGCAAGACGGGGAGUUUAUUCUUUUCAAGCACAAGGCAUGGUUUAUCAUGAUCUUCCUGGAUUGAUCCCACAAUAUACGUCUCCAACAUUUUUUCAGCUAUACUUUUAUGACACACAAAGUGAGUUUGAGAACAGAAUAAACAUAAUGCAAAAUCAAGUUUUGUCAGAAGCAGUUGUACAGAUGCUCAUGAAAAUUUUAGAGAUCAACCCGUAUGCAAAAUUCUUUCGAAGAUUGAAAGAUUAUCCUUCAAUGGACAAUGUUCAGCUUCAUAUUUCUAAAGAUGUCAACUUAGAUCAACGAGUAUAUAAUUCUCCACAUGCAGAUCAAGUUGCAGCUAUAUGGGUUGAGGGAAAUAAUGAAAAUAUUCCAUUGGAGCGGGAUAUUGUAGUUCAUGCUCAUUCCGGCGACAGACAUAGAAUAAAACAUUAUUAUGGAUGUUAUGAUCCUUUGCAAUAUCCACUUCUUUUUCCAAUGGGCGAAACAGGUUGGCAUCAAAACAUUAGAAAGAUUGAUCCAGCAUCUUUGGUUCGUAACACAAAUUCUGUUUCUACUUCUACUUCAUUAGCAAGAACCAUAACUGCAUGCGAUAUUAUCUCCAAUGAAGAACAAGGUGUUAGAAGAGAAAACGUUAAUAAUGUAUCAUGCCGAGAAUAUAUUUGCUAUAAGAUACAGAUUAGAAAUCCAAGACAAUCCAUACUCUUAUUAGCUGGAAGAUUAUUACAGCAAUAUAUAGUGGAUAUGUACAUAAAAUUGGAGACAACGAGACUGGAUUAUUAUCGUCAAAACCAAUCAACUAUGAGAGCAGAAUUGUAUCAAGGAAUUGUGGAUAGUGUCUUUAAUGGAGAAUUAAGAGGGAAUGAAGUUGGCAAAAGAAUUGUUCUACCAGCAACAUUUAUAGGAGGACCAUGAGAUAUGCGUCGUAGAUAUCUUGAUGCAUUGACAUUAGUACAAAGAUUUGGAAAACCAGAUCUAUUCAUUACAAUGACUUGCAAUCCAGAGUGGAAAGAAAUACAGCAAGCAUUAUAUGAUGGUCAAACAGCUCAAGAACGUCCAGACUUAACUACACGAGUAUUUCGAGCAAAACUGCAAGACCUGAAAUAUCAAUUAUUCAAGAGGAAAUUUUUUGGACAUGUAGCUGCACAUGUUGAUGUGGUU